ACAAUCAUAUUGCGCUGUCAAAUACACUUGUCGCACCCACUCACUGUUUACAAAACGUCACCAGCCUCAAUUCUGCCAAUCCUGCACAGCCCCUCCGCCCGCUGCCGAGUCCCUUCAGCCCUACGCCCAGGUUAGUCACGACGACAGAUCUGUACCUUCCGAAAGCAGCGCUGUUGCGGUCCUGCUGUCUUUCACAGUCUGCUCUUCUCUCCUCCAUGCGCUUUCGUCCCCAUACAAUUAACCCAAUACCCGCUUUAGCGUCGACAUCUUCUACCAUUCGAGCGCGCUUGUAUAUUACCAAGCAGUCUCAGCACAGUUUCACACACACCGUCCAUUGGCUCCCUUUCAGUCGCCGAGUAUAUCAUUACAGUUAUAAUAGUGCGUCGGUAUUCCAUAGACAGAGCGGGUCGGGGCUCCUCACGGCUGUCGUUGUUGUUGGCAUUGCGAUCAGCGGCGCACUCCUCUUCUCACUUACAGAGGACACAUCAGUACAGAAUACGAACGAAUAUACUUCCCCUGACGGAUUCCAUUUCUCGGACUUGACAAAUUCGUACCUCAUCAUGGCGCCGAACAUGCCUCCCGGCCGGCCUGGAACCCUCACACCCGAGCAAGAGGUGAAGCUGCGCGAGCUGUGGGCUGCCACGAUGAAAGUUUUUGGGGUAUACGAGCCGGUGAUACCGGAACCUAAUGGCACGGAAACGCCACUAUCUCCUCCUAGCGAAUCUACCGAAACCACUAGCCCGAGAAAAGAGAAGAAGAAGAGCCGGCUACACGUCUUCAAACGGCAUAAGGGCGACAAGGACGGUGAGUCCGAGUCAACCACUCCGUCAGGCACAGUGACGCCCUCGGAUAUAAGUUCAUUGUCGAUAGCGGAUGAGGACGAUAAACACGGGCAGACUAAGGACUUCCGCGCGGCAUUGGCAAACUCCGCGCCUGAAGACCUUCGGAAAACGUUCUGGAGUAUGGUCAAGCAUGACCAUCCCGAUGCGCUCCUUCUCCGGUUUCUGCGUGCAAGAAAAUGGGAUGUGGAAAAAGCGCUCGUGAUGCUGAUAUCAACAAUGCACUGGCGUUCGGAGGACAUGCAUGUUGAUGAUGAUAUCAUACGGCGGGGUGAGGCAGCUAUGUUGGAGGACAGCCAAAGCAGUGAUCCGAAAGUCAAGAAAGAAGGAGAAGAUUUCCUAUCCCAAAUGCGCAUGGGAAAAAGUUAUUUGCAUGGUGUUGACAAAGAAGGGAGACCGUUGUGUGUCGUCCGGGUACGGUUACACAGACAGGGGGAACAAAGCGAAAAGAGCCUGGAAAGAUUCACAGUAUACACGAUUGAGACGGCGCGAAUGCUUCUGAGGCCGCCUGUUGAUACUGCGACUAUCGUCUUCGAUAUGACGAACUUCUCCAUGGCGAAUAUGGACUACACUCCAGUCAAGUUCAUGAUCAAAUGCUUCGAAGCAAACUACCCCGAAUCCCUAGGCACCGUCCUCGUCUACAAAGCCCCGUGGGUCUUCAACGCCAUCUGGACCAUAAUACGGGGCUGGCUCGACCCCGUCGUCGCCGGGAAAGUGCACUUUACUAAGAACGUCGAAGAACUCGAAGCCUUUAUUCCACGAACCCAGAUCCCCGCUGAACUCGGCGGAGACGAAAAAUGGGAAUACACCUAUGUAGAACCCAACCCUUCGGAAAACCCCUUACAUGGAGAUAUCUCAACACGGGACACGCUGCUAGCACAUCGUAGCGAACUCGUGAGGAAGUAUGAGACUACUCUGUUGGAAUGGGUGCAUUCUGGGGAGUCGAAGGAGGAAAGUGAGAAGGGGAAAGGCUUGGAGGAAAGAAGGAAAGAGCGGGAUACUGUUGCCGAGGAGCUGAGAACUAACUACUGGAGUUUGGAUCCGUAUCUUCGAGCCCGGACGCUGUAUGACCGGGUUGGCAUGAUUGAGGAGGGCGGAAAACUCAACUUCUAUCCUUCGAUUAAGAAGGAAAGUGCUCCUCCUCCCGCUACCGCUCCAAAACUAGCUACACCAGGAGCGGCGGAAACUAGCCCGGAUGACGUGGACUAAGGGUACAAUCCUAAGCCAGCAUUUGAGUUGUUUUGAUAAUGAUUGCAGUUGAGGCAUGGCAAGGCAAAGCAUGGCAAAGCAUAAUUUUGAACGAGUGUGUUGGUAAGCGCGAAUGCUGGGUUCCCAUUGCACUCUUCUCGGAAUGGAAAGAACGGAAAUCAUGUCGCAUUUUGUAUGGAUUGGCAUUCGCACAUCUAGACUCCAGCGUCUUGGUUUCUUGGGGUAGAUCCAUCUAUAUCUUGGUAAUUAAAUUCUUACGCUAUUGUUUGUUG